GAUGGCAAGUAAUCAUAAACCAUUUUUACUAUUUCAAAAAUUCGCAGGUAUAUUUAAGAUAUGUAUUGCGUUCGAUCUCAAAAUUUAAAUUUAUAAUUCAAGAAGGCAAUGGAAAUAUUUGAUCUUUCGUUGUUCAACAGAAAAUCCCGUGUACACAAUAUGUCACACGGAAUGAAAAAUCGAUAAAUUAAAAAAAAAAGAUAAAGUUGACUUUUCCCAUAAUGUAGAAAAUUUAUUAAGUUUAUUAUAUAUAUUAUCAAGAAAAAUGGCUACGUUACUCACUACUCGACACUGGGGAUCAGAUGAAUCGUUUAAUUGCUUUGGCAAGAUGUUCGUGAGCAAGUUCACAAAAUCGCAAGAAAACCGUAACAAUAACAUAUUAACUCCAGUAUCUGAUUAUGCGAAUGCAGAUAAAUCCCUUAAACAGUCUGCGAAACGAAACAUCGCUUCGAAAAUUACAAAAUUGAAGACCAAGACCUACAACGAAAUUAUUUUAGAAUCUAGCCACGUGAAAGCAUCGGCUCUCCUUUAUGAAAUAACCGAACGCACUAAUCAAUUAGCCCAACCACGGCAGCGAAUCGAUGAGAAGCAAUUUCAAGUACGAUCAAAUCUAUCGCAGAUCCCAAAAGCAUCACCACGAAUAAUCGAACUUUCAAAGCCACGAAUUCCGUAUCAAUAUCCCUCUAAACCAGUUGGAUACGUAGCACCCAGUGCUCUUACGGCAGUCGCCACUCAACGUAUAAUUGAACUAUCGAAGCCGAAAAGAAAACGGAGAUUAAAAAUAACAAAAAUUAAUCAUAAUAAAAGAAAAUCAAAAUUGCAUAAAGAAAAGUCACGAAGCUAUGGGAAACGCGGUAAAAAGAAGGAUUACAAAAACAGGGAUUAUAAACAUAAUGGAUUCAAUCGCUAUAAGAAUGAUCGAAAACAAAAAGUAAAAAAAAAAGUGAAACUAUCAAAUUCCGACAGAACUAUUAUUAUGGUUGGCUUAAAUUUGAAAAAUGACAAGAAAAUUCGUCGAUAAUUGUCGAGAAUAAAAUUCGUAUUGUUUUUAGAAUUUAGAAUCGUUUAGAAUUUUAAAGAGAUAUGACUGUCAUCACAUAAGAUGUAUUAUGGAGUGUGAAUAUAAUUAAAUAACAAAAAUUUAUUAUAUUCGAAA